UAGUAGCAUCACGGCUUCCAAAGAGGGUGGUAGCGUUACAAGGUCCCGCCGGAGCCCGUUACAGUGACGAGGGCAGUGCAUGCGUUACGCAAUAAUCGGCAACAGAUGUGGCUUUUGGAAGCCGUUAAUUACUCGUCAAUUUGAGAUACGCUUUUUUAUGACUUAAAAAUACCUUCCGGAAAGGGACAGGGGUUACCCCGAUGUGAAAAUAACUUUGAUAUCAAAGUUAACAACACAGUUGCUAUAUUUUCAUAAAUGAGGCCAAUGACAAAGUGAAUUUCUCCAGCUGUUUUCCAGUGACAAGAAUGACAAUGGUGAACGGUUAAUCGCGAAGGCAAUCAUAACGGAAAGUGUGUAAAAGUCGAAAAUAAAUAUAUGGAAAUGGAUAUCAACUGGUAAUUUCAGCGAGCGAUCAGUAGUUAUCCUGGAGGCCUUCCAGAUGGGACUCUUCAAAUGGGACAUAUCUAACAAGCGGUAAACCAUGUCUGACCCAAAAAACACAAUGGAUAAUGCAGUGACCAAUCUUUGCGACCAAAAUGGCGAGAAAUACGCGUUGCGACCAAGAUCGAACAUCAAGCGUCAGAAACAGGAGCAAUACCAGCCUGACUUCAUUCCCAAGAGACCCCGACGAUUAAAACCCAAGUCAACGCCGUUAUCGAAAUAUCGGAGAAAGACAGCAAAUGCCAGGGAAAGGCACAGAAUGAAAGUCAUCAAUACUGCAUUCGAGUCCCUGAGAAAAGUCCUCCCAGCUGGUAUGGACCUCUGUGCCACUUCCUCGACAAUGACAAAGAUCACGACGCUUCGCCUCGCCGUUAGUUACAUCAGGAGUCUCUCGAACAUGUUGGAGAGCGACGCCAGUGGAACAGAUGCGAGCAAAAAACCUCCCGACGGGGUCCAAUUCCAGGCGGAACAGCAGGAGAGAGGACCCUCUUCGGUUGACACUUCUUCGACUUACACUCUCCCCCAGACUGUAGCUCAAGUGACGAACAAGAACAUUCUUCGAUGUCCUAGACCACCGACAGUUCAGUAUGGCCAGCCUUCAGGUUAUUACUUCAGCUCCAGCCACUCUCACAUGUCAAAUGUUUCAGCCAAGAGCUAUGCUUUCUCGCCUUCCUCCUCCUCCUCGGUUCGAGGAUCACUAAGCAGCACGAGCGACCUUGAGGAGCUUCUCUCAGACGACUCAGAGUUUCUGGAAGACAACUUCGACGUGUUCCACGACAUCCAAAACAUGGCCUCGAAUGACCCAUUUGAGGUCCUUCUGGAGGCCGAGAAAAGUUGCCAAGGAUUUGCAAACACUUGAAAAUGUUGAAAUACGAACAAACUUUUUUUAUCAUUCACCUUUCAAAGAGUCUUUCAUAUCAGAAAAAAAAAUCACAUAGGAAUUAUUGAUCUUGUUUCUUCUUAUCAGUUCAGUGAGAAACCCAAGAAUCCAUGUCAUGUGAAAGUGCAAGAAGUGAAGUUCAAAUCGACUUAAGUUCCAAGUUUUAUAAAAUUUAGGGAAAUGAGAUCGAAAACCUCUUAAUUAGACUGAAGGCCUUUGUAAAGAUUUUGUUGCAAUUUUCUAUUUUCGAUUUGCCUUCAUUGGAGCAAUGGUGCUCCCAUAAGUCAUGCUGAGUCAAGUACAAAAUAAUUACCUUCAUGUAUCUGAAAGAUAAAUACGAUGCUUGUAUAUAGUCUUCCCAGUGAUGGUCAUAUUCAUGAACAUCACCAUGCUGACAAGAAGGUGCUCCACAUAUUAUUAUAAGGAAAUAUAUAUAUAUCUAUAAAACAAAACUUUUAAGGUUCUAUUACGAAUAUAUUAAUAUAUUGUUGCUAUGAUAUUGAAAGAAUAUGUAUAUUUAUUACAUUUUCUACAGGAAAGAUUUUGUAUAUUUAUUUUUGGCAUUUUGCAAAUGUAUACAUGUAUUUAUUUCAAUGACUUCAAGGCGUUCUUAUCUCUUUAACAGUAAUGGCUGGACGCAAUUCUACAGAUAUAUUCGUAUGUUUAUUAGAAUAUCAGCGCAAGUGAAGUUUGAAAUAUAUGUUACGGUACACAAGAUAUGAUUCCAUUUCCGAUUUUCGUUAGAGAGCUAGUCAGGCAAAUUGCUUUUAUUUGUCAAGUUUCGCGAAUGGAGAUUUUAGUCCUUGAGGCUGAGAUUGAACUCGAUCGUUACCUUUAAGAAGGUUGUCGUGUACAUAGAGAUAAUUAUCUGCCACUCUGUAUAAACUAGGAAACUUAACCAUUUAAGUAAUAAGAUUUUUGGACGCAAGCAUUUACUCACUGAUGCGUAUAAUAGCUUCAAAAUGACUUUUCUGUUACAUUCCUUACCACUUUUAACUAGAAAUAGACUUACAAUUUCCAUAGCAACUAAAGACAUUUGAAAAAGAAGUCAUUUGAACAGCAUUUUUCUUCUCUUUGUCACAUAAAACUGUUCGCUCUGAUGGCAGUGACUUGUUUUGCUUGCUGUCACCUAAGAAACAGAUGAUUUCGUAUCCGGAAUUCACGUUCUGGCUUUGUGAUCCCUGAUACUUGAGCACUUUAUGAAUAAAUGAGAACCGUUGGACGACUCCCUCUGCUGUUGUGUUCCCUGACUUAUAACCUCCCCUUGUUUUGGAGGCUGUCUCAGUCUCUUUUUGCUUUUGCAUUCCUGAACUCUCAUCAUAUCUCAUCCCCCGAGAGGCUGACGACAGUCUAUCGGUUCCGUCGCUGAUCCAAGCCCCACCUUUCUCCCUUUCUUCUUUUUCUUGCCUUGUUCCGGCUUAGGAUCGAUAGAGGGUCUCUGCUUGCCCGUGAAUAGGCUUUUGGAUAAAACCGAACCAACAAUAAGUGAAACAAAAGAGAAACUACCAAAUUACGAACCGUUCUCUUUAGUAUCGGUCCUCGAGAAAGUGCCCGACUGGCAUAAAAAAUGGCGUUUCUUUUAGCAAUUUCGUAAGUACAAUUUCCAACCUCAGUUUCUCUCGGUCAUUUCAUGAGCUAAACGGUCUAAACAAUGCUUCAUGCAGCCGUUUCUUGAGUAAUAUGGCCUAAAGCGCAUUGCACGUAACUAUUUCAUGAGUGAAAUGGCGUAGGGAACAACCAAGAUAACGAGGUUUCACUUAAAAUGUCUGUUGUAAGCGGGCGGAUGUAUAAAUUGCAGCUAUCUGGCAAAUAUCGGCAGUUCUUGUAGAUUUCUUUUCGUCCAUGUUCUCUAUAAGGUGUCUCUUGAAGCCAAGGUAUUACUAUCGGGGAUUUAUACCAUGUGUUGACAACAAAGUAAGAUUAACGAUCUCACAUGCACUUUCCUAAAACAACUCUCUCAUUGUCCACUCACAAUGUCAACUCCCAGGUCUCUUUGCGACCCCUUUCCGCACACUACGUAUACUAUAUCCCUCCACGCGACUGGUUAACGCUCUUUUGAAACAUCCAACAACCAGGGCAUGUGAUCACGCCGGGAGGUCGCCUUGAUCAUCCUCUGAUGGGUCUAACAACUGGUCUGUUUUCCACAAUCCCUUUCCAACUGCGUUGUACUAUUGUCCUCUGUUCGCAUUGCAUCAUCAUCUCACAUUCCGAGUGUUCAAUGUUCAAUGCACUUCCCAAGUUGCAAGGCUGAACGUUCAAGUACGAGCGAAGGAGUCAGAACUCUCGGGGUUUGGUUUAAUUUCUUUCAAACAAACCUAAGUGAGAGAUAAGUCAAGGAAAGCUGCUGUACAAUUUCGAUAUCAUUAAUACUUCCUAUAUACGAAAAAUUACUGUAAUAGAUGCAUGAAGGUAUUCGAUGAGGUAUACUUUGCAAUGGGAGAAUUCGUUUAUCGCCAACCUCCAGUUAUUAUUAUUAUAAAUGAUUAUAUCUAUUGUGAGCUCGUUCAGACGGAACAAGCCAAAGCCCAGAUGGUCAGAAACGAGCUGAGCAAACUCAAGAAUUCAUUUAGUGUCUGUCACCUUUACCUCUUGUUUAUUCUAUCUUUUUCUUUUAUUCCGAGAACUUCCUUUUCUUUCCGCUUCUGUGCUCACAAAUUCACAUAAUACGACCUCCUUCAAGAGGCGAUUCUCUCUUUUAUUUACUUUGACCUCGAUGUCGGACACCACAUGCAAUAGGAACUACAUAUUAAGUCUGUCAAUUGAUCCGUGAGGUGAAGUUUGCCCGCACCAUCGGACUCCACAUGCAGAAAAAUGCCGUGGCAAUUUAUUGUAUAGAAGCUCAUCUAUUUGUUCAAGAGGAGUUUCCAAUUCCAUCGAACUCCACACUUUAACAGCAUCGGAGUAAUAUUUUCUGUAUCAGUUUAUUAUUCUGUGAUAUGAAGUUGACACUCCAUCGGACUCCGCAUGAGUAAACAGCGAGAUAAUCUAUUCUAGGAAAGUUCAUCUGUUAUACUUUGGAGCAAAAUUUCUCAGACUGAAGAAACCUUCGAAAACUCACGCAAAAUAAUUACUGCGGAGGACUGGUAGAUCAGGAUACCAAAAUCCACCGAAAAUUCGCAGGAGGUACUGGAAUAUUACGUAAGAGUUAUUGCACUCAUCCAAACUUGUAUGGAAUUAAUAAAAGCCAUAUAAAUAAGACUGUACAUCAAAUUGAUGAGAGUCUUGCAAACAUCACAUACAGCUAAUACAAAGCCCUCCAAAUACUACAUGGAAUUAGUGAUAGGCGUUAGGAUAGUACAGAAAAUGAACCACCAUUUAAUGACAUUCGCAUGAACGCUAAAGAUAUUUGGGGAGAUUUAUCUAAUAAGAGGAAAAAUGACAGCUACUUGAAUAAUAUAGAAAAACAUUGACGGUUAUCAGAAUUUACAGAAAUGUAUGACGUUCUUUGUACUUUACGGAAAAUGAAGACUCCAUACCAAAUGAAAUCGUUAAAUGGCUGUUGGAGGCUUAUCACUGUCUCUGGAGCUUAAUUCUAUUUUUUUCUGAACAGCAAACUCGCUCUUCUUGCGAGCCAAGGCUAUAUUUUUUACAAAGGGAAUACUCCACCUGUUCAGCACUCCGCAGUAGGACACUGUGCAGAGCGACACUC